AUUAACACUUUUUCUUUUUCAAUUUUCAAAAUAUAAAAUAAAAAAAGCUUUCUUCUUCAAUUUUCCCCCAAAUUCCACAAAACCCUAGAAAUUUCUCAAAAUCCCCAAUUUCAUGCACCACCGAGCUUUCUGUCAAAGAAAGCUCGCAUCUUUCCCAAUCAUGAAACGAUUCAAUCCGAUUCCUCUCGUCCUCCUCAUCUCCACCUUCCUCUUCUGCCUCGCCUCCAUCCCCACCGUCCGAUCCGACCCCCAAUUCUCCUCCGCCAUCCGAUUACCUUCCGAGGCCACCCAUCAAGAUCCAUGCGGCCAAUCACUGGAGAAACCCUCAUCCUGCCCCGUCACCUGCUUUCGAACCGACCCCGUUUGUGGGGUCGACGGUGUUACGUAUUGGUGUGGAUGCGCCGAAGCACGAUGUAACGGUGUGAAAGUUGCCAAAUUAGGGUUUUGUGAGGUCGGUAAUGGAGGUUCUGCUCCUCUCUCAGCUCAGGCUCUGCUUUUGGUACACAUAGUUUGGCUCAUUGUUCUUGGAUUCUCAGUCUUGUUCGGUCUUUUCUAAUCCAUUUUUUUUUAUAUAUAUAUUAUUACUGAAUAUAAUUGAUUGAUUCUUCUUCUUAUUUCUUAUUCUUCUCUAAGAUCAGAUAUUAGGGUUCUUCAUUUCUUUUGAAAAUUCUUUGCUCUUUGAUCAUUGUGUAUUGAAAGAGCCGGAGAUAUUUGUGUAUUGAUGUAUAUGUAAAAGAGGGAUUUUUUUCUUAUGUACUUAAUUUUAUCACAUAUAUUCACAUUAAUUUCGAUUUUU